UCAUGCUUCUCCUCACCAUGCGUUAACAUUUCACGCUCCCGAAAUAUGGCUCUUAGGAUCCAAGAAAUCAAUGAGAAUUUGGAGUCAAUUCACAAAGAGGGAACCGGGCUUGGCCUCAGAGAGAUGCCUCCCACCAAUGUGCACACUUUGCGUGAUGUGUCUCGUGAAACUGACUCAUUCACUCUUGAUCCAAUUUUUAUUGGACGAGAUAAGGAGGUGUCAGAUAUAGUUGAGAUGCUUACCGCUUGUAUCACAUCUGACGAACGUGUUUCCAUCAUUUCCAUUGUGGGAAUGGGAGGAUUAGGGAAGACAACUUUGACUAGGAAAGUUUUUCAUCUUCUAAAACAAAAGAAUCGGUUUGGAUCACAUAUUUGGGUGCAUGUUUCUCAAAUUUUUGAUCCAAUUGUUCUUCUCAAGAAAAUUCUCAAAGAGUUGACUUCUUCUGAUCAAGUUGAAGUUGAGAGUAGGCAAGAAAUUCUCAAAAAGAUCCAAGAAGCUUUGAAAGAUAGGUCUUAUCUUCUUAUUCUUGAUGAUGUUUGGAAUGAAGUUCGUCCUACAUGGGAAGAUUUUAUCAAUUCCUUGUUGGGCGCUACUUCUACUAAGGGUAAUGCGAUUGUUGUUACCACCAGAAGUAUGGAGGUUGCUUCAACUGUGAGUGCACUUUAUACUCAUAAGCUUGAAGGAUUAUCAAAGAAAGAUUGUUGGUCAAUUAUCAAAGAAAGAACCUUUGGAAAAGAGGAAGUUCCUAUAGGAUUUGAGGUCAUUGGGACUGAGAUUGCUGAAAAAUGUCAAGGUUUGCCAUUAGCUGCCAGCGUAGUCAGUGGAAUACUACGCGAUAAAAAAUCUGAAGAUGAAUGGCACUCGAUCAAAGAGAAUUGGCAUUCAAGCAGUGAAGGAGAUUAUAUCACAAAGAUAUUGAAGUUGAGCUUUGAUAAUUUGUCUCCACCAUCACUCAAGAAGUGUUUUGCAUACUGUUCUAUUUUUCCUAAAGGUCGCCGAUUUCAAAAGCAGGAACUUAUUGAGUAUUGGAUGGCAGAAGGAUUUCUUGAAGCUGAUGGAAAUAAUGACUUCGAAUUUGUGGGAGAAAACUAUUUCAAUAUACUUCUAGACAACUCUUUUCUGCAAAUUUCAACAAGAUUUAAAUACUGGGUGGAUUAUGUGAUGCAUGAUCUUGUUCAUGAUCUUGCAUAUUCUAUUUUAGGUGGUUCUAAUGCAUCUGACAUUUUCCCAGUUCGAUACAUGUUCCUAGAAGAAAAGUCAAAGGGUGUUUUGGAAAAAAAUGCAAAAUAUUUGCGAACAUUAUUGUUCAUGGAUAGCACUUAUAGUAACAUGUUCUCAAAGUUCAAAUGUCUCCAUGUUUUAACUUUUGGAAGUAGUAGAAUUAUUGAGUUGCCAAGUUCAAUCAUGAAGUUGAUACAUUUGAGAGUUCUUAAUAUCAACGAAUCAAAAGUUACAUGUCUUCCAGAUUGGAUUGGUGAACUGGUUCAGUUGCAAACAUUGAGAGCAAAGAUGUAUUAUGUAGAAGAGCAACUUCAACUUCCAAGCACUUUGAAGUACUUGAUUAACUUAAGGCAUCUCUAUGUUAGGGAAAACGUAGAUUUGCCUGCGGAGAUGGGGCUAUUAACUUCUCUCCAAACCCUAGAGUAUUUUAGGGUGGGCGAGAGGAGUGGCUUCAAAAUUGAAGAGCUUGGAAGUUUGGAUGAUCUCAAAGGAACAUUGAGAAUUUUUGAGCUGGAAAAGGUUGGUAACAAGGAAGAGGCUGAGAAAGCAAAUAUACAUAAAAAGUCAAAGUUAUUGGAGUUGAACUUGAUGUGGAAUCCGAAUAGAGAAGGUGAAACUAGAAAUGAAGAGGAUGUGUUGGAAGGCCUUCAACCUCACUCAAAUUUGAAGAUGUUAGAGAUUCAAGGAUACAAGGGAAAAAGAUUUCCAUUAUGGACUCGAAAGAUGGAAGUUGAAAAAGUGGGUUUGAUUGAGAUAAGUCUUUCAUACUGCUCAGAAUGUGAAGAAAUCCCAAUGUUAGGGCAGUUGCCAAAUCUCAAGUCUCUUUGUUUGCAAGGAUUGAGUAAUGUGAAGUCCAUACAUUCUUCUGCCCAUGAAUCUCAAUGUAUUGUUUUUCCAGCUCUUGAAAGCCUCCGAAUGUAUAGCAUGCCUAGGCUGACAGAGUGGGUACACACAGAAUCAGUGGGUGUAAGUGGUGUCAAGCUAUUUCCUCGCCUCGAAUACUUGGAGAUCAAACGUUGCAACCAAUUGACGAAUUUUCCAGCUCUUUUCUGGUCGCCUCUCAAAAAGUUGACUAUUGAAGACAUUGGGAGCUACAGGCCUUUGGCAGGCACAUUUGAAACUGAGUUGACGUUGCUAACAGAGCUUCAUGUCAUUGGUAUAAAUGAUCUGGAAUGCCUCCCAAGUUGGUUAUUCGAGAGCAAUCCCAAUAUAUCGAAUUUGGAGAUAGUGGGAUGCCCCAAUUUGAGAGGACUACCAAAUGGUGUGUGCACCAUCAAUUCUUUGGAGAAGUUGAUUAUAAGAAAGUGUCAAAAUUUGGAACAUAUGGGCGUACAACAAUCACAAGGAAGCCUCACAUGUCUUAAAGAGUUGGAGAUUGAGGACUGCAAUGCUUUGCUGUAUCUGCCAUGUGAACUGCUAGGAUCCUCGCUUGAGAGACUUUGGUUGGUGAAUUUAAGUAGCCCACAGAAUGUGCCUGAGAUAAUUGACUGUCUGCCGAAAUUGGCCCGUCUAACAAGGUUGAGAAUUCUUGGUGUUCCUCAAUUUUCAGCUGAUAACCGUAGCCUUGAAUUAGAUUUUAGUAUGAUGGGAUCAAUGGAGACUGUUGAUGGCAUAUUGCAAGGAUGCAACAUCCCAAUUAAGGAUUUAAAAUUGAAGGGGAGGGAAAGUUGGGAAAGUCUGCCGAAAUCAAUUCAAUCUCUCACUCAUCUGCAAGAAUUAGAGUUGAAGAAUUUUGGAAUGGAAGAGUUACCUGAUUGGUUGGGAAACUUCUCAGACCUACGGGAGUUGAAUAUAUAUAAUUGCAAGAAGUUAAGGCGUCUGCCCAUGGAUGUGAUACAGAGCAUCGCUAAGUUAAGAUACUUUCGUAUUUCAAAUUGCCCAGGAGUAUGUUUUGACAUUUCCCAAUGGCCCUACAUUUCCCAUAUCGCCUACAUCUGGAUUGAUGGAAAACGGGUGGUGUCAAAAUAUGAUAAGGCAGUGCGCAGAGAGGAAAUGUGGAGAAAUUUCAUGGAGCGAAAGCAAAGGCAAAAUUCGUACAAGCCAAGUUGAUUAUCAAUGGCUGAACGUAGACAUGGCGGCAGACGUGGUGAUGCUCGUGGCGGUGGUCGUGGUGGGGGCCAAGGAGAUCUCCCAAACGAAGAGGCUGCACGACAGCGUGAUUUGCGCGGCAUCGAGAACAAUAAUCUGAGACAACAGGUUCGAGACCUCCAGCGCGACAUCGAGAACGAUGAUUUGAGACAACAGGUUCGAGACCUCCAGCGACGAUUGGCGCGAUUGGAGAAGCGUCGGGGAAAUCCAACCCGAUGAGAUCUAAUGCGUCGGAGCGUCGUUAGUGCACGAUUCGUUAUUCAACGACGUCUACGGUGACAAGUCUAAGCCUGUAUACGACAAGGAUAUACUCUCGAUGCCGGUCUAUGAUGAGCCUGUAUACAACGAAGAUAUAUUUUUGAUACCGGUGUAUGAUAAGCCGGUGUAUGACGAGGAUAUAUUGUCGAUGCCGGUGUAUGAUAAGCCCGUAUACGACGAGGAUAUAUUCUAUAAUGUUGUUGAUACCAUUAGGUUUGGUGUGAAUGUGGUAGAUCUAGGAGUUGUUGGUGGAGGGACAACAGGGAAUGGAUACAUGAAGGUUAUUGAAGAGGAGCUUCGACUUGAAUCAGUCGGUAGUGCUACUGAAAAUGGUGAUGGUAUCGAGAAAGAUGUCGUUACUACGGAAAUUGGAGUGGAUCUUCAAAAUUCUGAAUCUAUAGCAGAGGAAAUUGGAGUGGAUCUUCAAAAUUCUGAAUCUACAUCAUCUCCAAUUCUACUCGUUUUUACAUAUGUUUUCAUCUACUGUAAUUAAAAUUUCCCUACAGGUUUGGUUGAAGAAGGUGAAGCAGAGACUUGUUUAAAGAGCAUACCAAGAAAGUUUGACGGUUGUACUCAUUUUAUUCUUGGCGUUAUUGCAUGACAGUUUGGAUUGAUGUUGUUGUUGUUGUUGUGUUUUAUCGAACAAGAUCCUAUGUUUUGUAUUUAUGCCUUGGUCUUUUAUCUGACUAUUAGAUUAUUGUCACCUACAUUUGGUGAUGGAUUCAUGGUUUUCA